AUGCAACGACGACUCACUCUUCUUCAGCAGCAAGGCGGCUCAUCAAAACACCAUAAAAGGCUUAUCAGCAAAUGGCCGUCGUUAUUAUCCUCUCUAUUUAUUGUGGUGAUCGUGUUGACCUUGUUCCGAUCCAUUCCACUUUUUGAUAGGAACAUCAAUAAUCAUGAAUUGGAUCAUCAUCGGAACGGAUUUUAUGUUCGAGCUCAAGUCAUGCCUGGCUCCAAUUUAAUGAUGGAUCCAAUGCCAAAUUUAAUGAUGGAUCCCAAUCAGCAACAUCAUGUACAGGAGGUGAAAUUAUCCUUUUCCAUUCAAGAUUUGAUUGUAAAUAAGAAAAUUUUAGAUCUUAAUUUAAUGUACCAUGUUGGUCUUCCUCAAACUCCAGGUACUGUGACUGUUAGUACACCUGACAAGAAUAUGCAACACUCAAUGAUUAAUUUUCUUCAAUUUUUGAACCAUAUGCAUCGAACGGACUUGUUCCAUCCCUUAACGGACUCUGAAAAAUUCAAUGGCAAAUUCAAGACAAUCGCUCAAAACAUUAUUGGAUACGUAUUGACACCAGGUAACGCUGAAGAUGGUACGACCAAUGACAAUGAACGAUCUCCAAUUUUGAAGUUAUUCAAACUUUCCCAACAAGAACUCGAUCGAAUGGACAUGCUCAUGAACAAAACUCAGGAACAAAUUUCCACACUCAGCGAAGAAUUUUUAGCUCAAUACGUGACGCGAAUGGAACCUGUUGAAUAUGACGAAGAGGCCGAGCAAAAAGUCACAAUGACUUCGCAUGUUCAAGAAGAGAUUGAAAAGUUGAAAAAUUUCCUCAUCCAAAUUGCUCGAAUCUACAAGACUCAACGAAUUAAUCUCAGACGAAUGGGUCUUGCUAAAGGUGCUAACAAUGAACCUGCUCCUAAUCGUGCAUUGAAAUAUGUGGUCAUUGGCUCUGGACCUGUUGGACUUUUGAGUGCCAUUGAAGCAUCUCUCAUUCUUCCAAAAGUGUACAUUAUUGAGAAGAGAACUACCUUCUCUAGAGAUGUCUGGUUUGACUUGUAUCCUCAACCAUUCAGCCAAUCGGUGGAACUUCUCGAAGAAUUAGGAUUUCCAAAUGAGCUUCCAAACUUGGAAGUGAAAUUGAACACUGUUGCCGAUACUGACGGAAAAGAACGAACUACCUAUACCAUUCGUUGUCAAAUGACACAACGUUUCCUGACCAAAGUGACCUUCCUUCUCGAUAAUGUUCAACACAUAUUCGGUUAUCAAUACAUUAAUCAAUGUAAAACGAAACCUGGAUCGACAAGUAGCAGUGCUAGCCAAUCAUGGACAUCGAGAUGGAGUGACUUGAAGAUUGAACCCAAUGCAGAGUAUGCAGUUGCAAAUUUCUUAAAGACAAACAAUAAGGAUUGUUCUUCUACUCUUGAUUUCAUGUCAUCAUCGGAACAAUUGGAUCUGUGCUCAAAAUCUGAAACAGUGUCCUUUACCACUACAAAUGGAAAGAAUUGCGAAUUAGAGAAAAUUCCAUUCGACAUUCUCAUUGGAAGUGACGGUUUAUACAGUACUGUAAGAAGCUCUCUCAACAUUAGCACUCACGACAUUCAUUCGUUUGACGUCUCAAAUACCGUGUAUGCAAGAGGUCUUCCAAAACCAGCCAUUCCUAAAAUUACUGUGAAACCAAAACUCGAACAAGUGGCCUUAAUUAUUAACUUUAAGAGUGUUGGUCAAAGAGAUUGUCCAGAAACUGCCAUUGAUGAAGACACUGGUGAAUUUAUUGAUCCAUGGAAACCAAGUUUAUUAUUGCCAAAUAUCUGUAGUGUGUUUAAGAGAUUUUAUGCUGGACAUUGUCACAUGCAAAUUCUGUUUGACAAUGAAUAUGGUCAGAAAGCCAUUGAAAAAUACAUGUCAGCAAGACGGAAAGCUUUGAACAAACUUUUACAAGAGAGCGGUCACAACAAUGUCAAUCUCAAUGGAAAUGCCAAUGAUCAACCAAAUGCCAAUGACAAUGGAGACAACAAGUUGCGAGAUCUCAUCUUGGAUACAGAAGCUAAAGAAAUCAGAAGUGCUGCAUUCGCUGACGCCUCUCGUGAUUCUUCCUAUGUCAACUCGGGUACUUCAUCUCAAGAACAGAAAUUUGUGUCGAAUUGGGAAGAAGAGGCCUUUGAUUGGGACAAAAUUCUUACCAUCGUCAAUACCGUUCUCGCAAACAAGUAUGAAACGAUCGAUGCAUUCAGAAAAGCCAUUGUCAGCUCAGAUACUUUCACUGGAGACAAACAAUUACAAAAACAAUUUGAUAUGGUUCUCUUGAGAGUUGUAUUGCAAAAAGCUGAGAAUUUAACAACGACCAUUGCCUUAGAUAAUCCAUCCUCUCCAUUUGCUGUAAAUAUUUUGAAGGGAGACAGCGUGGCAUCGGCUCACUUCCGUCUCGGAGUUGGUGUGAAUAAUGCAUUCCUUGCUUUUGGAGAACUUACGUCCUUCAUUCAACAAUUGUAUAGUAAUAACGUUGCAAGUGUGAAAAUACCAUCGAGAGAAGCUCUUGAAAAACAAUUAUCUCAAUCUCUUUCAGAAUAUGAAGGAAAGGCACAAUUUCGAUGGAAUCGUCUCAUCAAUUAUAUGGCAACAGCCAUGUACUUUGAAUCAUUUUGUGAUACUGUGGUCUUUAUUGAUCCAGGUGAAUAUUUUGGUGUUCAAACGAUUCAAGAAAAAGAUUAUGACAAUUUGGAUUAUAUUCCAUUCGAUAACUUGUUGCAAAUUCGGAGAUUCUGUCAAAAUCGAGGACAUACCUUUUAG